UGACAGUUGUCGUAAGAUAAAAAGUGGCUCAUUUGACUCCAGUUACACUAUUAUAGUAAUGGCAUAUGUAUUGAUAGGUAGGUCCGAUCGAAAAGUGAUGUCGGUUAAUUACGCGGCUUAAUAGAUAGAAGUAUAAAAAAAUAUUAUUAACAUAAGUAUAAUUGUUGAAAUGUGACAUAUUUUAUUAGUAAUGAUUUUAUCCAAAUACAUCGCGAAAGACGCGUGUUAAUAUAUUAAAUCUCAUAUGAUAUUAAUAUUAACGUAUUCAUCGUUCGUUAAUACAACAUUUCUAGAAUUACAUAAAAGAUUGGCGUGAAUUAUUACAGAGUUGUAUCGAGUCGUUUGUUUCAUUAAAAAUUUCUUUUAAAAAUGUUUCACACAUUACAACUUUCAUGGAAUAGCUGAGCUUAAUUUCGACAUCUCAAGAAUUAGAGAUGAUUGGUCGGCGUUGUGCUCUACUCGCCCUUGGCGCACUUUUGAUUCUUGUAAUAACUGUAAACAUUUAUUUCAUUCGCAUAAUCGUAGAGAAUUCAUCGCAAAAGUCACAAAUCAAAAAUUUACCCUUGGUAGAGGAAAAUUAUGUUCAAGGGCCAUCGUCGUCUUUACGAAAAAAUGAAAAUGGCAAAGGUUCACAGAAGUCCGAAGAUGUUCAUGCAAAAAUUAAGGAAGAGAUACAAAUGUUAUCUUCGAAAUAUUUCAAACAAAAUGCUAGUUAUUUGAUAGUCCUCGACCGGCUAUUGUCCGAAUUGAAAAUUAUGGACAAUGUUGUGCACGAAGACAUAUGGAGUAUUCCUAAUAACAAUUGGCCUGAUGCUCACCAGUUAAUUCCACCAUCGGCUCCAGAAUUAGGGACUAUACUUAAUGCUUUGAGGAAAGCGAAAAUAAAACAUGCAGACAAUGCUGUCCUUGGUACACAAUUGAAACUUAUGCUGACAUUGGAGAAUGGGGCAAAAGCUGUGUUUAAACCACAAUGGUAUUCUAGAGAUACAGUUAUUCAAGGACCUGUUUAUUAUGGAAAAGAUCGUCAUAACGCAGAAAUCGUAGCAUUUCAUUUGUCUUCACUACUUGCCCUACGAAGAGUACCCCUUGCUGUUAUUCGAAAACUUGAUCUUACCAAUGAGGUUCGUAGACAUGCAACACCAGAAUUACAUGCUACUAUGUAUCAGGAGGGUAAUGAUACAUGUUUAUAUGGUGUUUGCCAUUACUGUUCUUUAAACGAUCCAGUUUGUGGGACUGGUAAUGUUUUAGAAGGUGCAUUAAUAUUUUGGUUACCACGUUACUUGCAUCUUGUUAAACAUCGACAUCCAUGGCAAAGAACAUAUAAGAAAAAAAAAUUGGCAAUUUGGGAAACGGAUGAUGCUUAUUGCGAGAAGGUCAAAGAAUCCAAAGCAUACUCACCACAAUUUUCAAGUAGGCUAUUGGAUUUGAUAGAUACUGCUGUUUUUGAUUUCUUGAUGGACAAUGGUGAUCGGCAUCACUAUGAAUUAGCACAAAAUAAUUUUCAUAACCCUGCUGUAUUAUUAAUAGAUAAUGGGAAGAGUCUUGGUAAUCCUGAUAUUGAUCAUCUUGACAUUUUAGCACCUCUUUAUCAAUGUUGCAUGAUACAUAAAACUACAUGGGAUCGUUUAAAAAUGUUCAGUGGUGGUACAUUAAGCUUGUCAUUGGAAAAGCUUAUUGCUCUUGAGACAAUAAUGGCCGAUGUUCUUCCGCUUAUAUCAGAUGCACAUCUUACUGCUAUGGAUAGAAGGCUUCUUGUCAUUUAUAGCGUCGUUGAAUACUGUAUAAAGAAAAAGAAAUAUGUUUCUAAUGUGAUUCUAGAUCAUCGGUAAUAUAUAGCAA